GGUCCUCCCGGUGUGUGGGCAGUCCUGUCGGGCAUGAGCCGGCGGUGCCGGACCUGAGUUGGCCAUCCCUGGCCGGCCGUCAGAAGUGUGGGAUUCGGGGUUCGGUUUGGGCCAUGGCCUCUGGGAAGUCGCUCGUCGCCGUCACUUGCACCGCCCCCACCAACAUCGCGGUCAUCAAGUACUGGGGAAAACGGGAUGAGAAGCUGAUUCUGCCCAUCAAUUCCUCGCUGAGCGUCACUCUGCACCAGAAUCAGCUAAAAACCACCACCACAGUAGCCAUCAGCCGGGACUUCAAAGAGGACCGAAUCUGGCUGAAUGGCAAGGAGGAGGAUGUGGGCCACCCACGAUUGCAGUCCUGCCUUCGAGAGAUCCGUCGUCUGGCUCGGAAAAGAAGGAGUGGGAGCGAUGGUGAUGCUGUCCCUCUUUCCUACAAGGUGCACAUUGCAUCAGUGAAUGACUUCCCCACAGCAGCAGGUCUGGCCUCCUCAGCAGCGGGGUACGCCUGCCUUGUCUACACGCUGGCCCAGCUCUACGGGGUAGACAGUGAGCUCUCAGAGGUGGCUCGGCAAGGCUCGGGCAGUGCUUGCCGCAGUAUGUUUGGUGGCUUUGUGCAGUGGCACAUGGGAGAAAGGCCCGACGGCGAGGACAGCAUCGCCCAGCAGGUUGAGCCAGAGUCCCAUUGGCCGGAGCUCCGGGUCCUGGUUCUUGUGGUGAGUGCUGAAAGAAAAUCCAUGGCCAGCACAGCUGGCAUGCAGACCAGCGUGGAGACCAGCUCUCUGCUCAAAUUCCGGGCCGAGUCUGUGGUGCCAGGGCGGAUGGCAGAGAUGGUGCGCUGCAUCAAGGAGCAGGACUUCGAGGGGUUUGGCCAGCUGACCAUGAAGGACAGCAACCAGUUCCAUGCCACUUGCCUGGACACCUUCCCUCCAAUUUGUUACCUCAAUGACACAUCUCGGCAGAUCAUCGGCCUGGUCCACAGCUUCAAUGCCCACUAUGGCAAGACUAAGGUGGCAUACACGUUUGAUGCGGGUCCCAACGCCGUCAUCUUCACUCUGGAAGACACAGUGGAUGAAUUUGUGGCUGCCAUAAAGCAGAUCUUCCCCCCGGAGAUGAACGGAGACAAGUUCCUGAAGGGCCUGCCAGCAGAGCCUGUUGAGCUCUCAGAAGAGCUGAAGUCUGCUUUGGCCAUGGAACCAUCCCCCGGAGGAAUCAGAUACAUCAUCUCCACGCAGGUGGGGCCUGGACCUCGGGUCCUGGAAGAUCCCCAGCAGCACCUCCUGGGUGCUGAUGGCCUGCCUAGGCCCGUGUCCUGAUGGGUGCCAUCUGGGUUGGUCAUGUGCCAUGGCUCUGGAGAGACAGCAGGAUGAGAGAGGGAAGCACGGAUGUGACUUCUGGUUACAAUGUCGCACGUCGGCUUGGAGGGACUCGGCUCGGUCUCCCCAUUUCCGGAACCCGGCUGGAAAAAUACUGUCAGGGAAUUCUGUCAGAGCUACACCAGCAGGCACUUCUGCACAGGAGAGUAGGCUGGAUCGACUGUCGGUCAUUAGGACCUGUCGUGGUGGAGGCAGAUGUUGUCACAGUGUCUGUCACCUCCACCUCACUGCCCCGGUGUGGUUUCUCUCGGGUCGUCUGCAGAUCUGCAGAAGUGGCAUCUUUGUUGUGGGGACCCCAGACAGCCUUCAUGUAAAGGAAGGCCAAACAGCCGUCGGACAGAAGUGAGGGCAGAUCCUGUCGGAGCUGGUGACCGAGGGUCAUGUUCCUCCCAGACUCUCUUCCUCCAAAGCCCUUCUUGCUGCUCUUCAACAGAGUCCAUAGGGGAAAAAAUGAUUGAUGCUUUUUCUACUGGAUUGUUGUCGAUUUUUCUUGAUCUGUAUUAAACAAAUGGGAGCGGGCCACCUAAGCAGCCCCUUGGGAACCCACAGAGGGAGGAUGUUUCUUGGGGCAGUGUCCUGGAGGGUGAAUCUUUUGCCAAAUUCUGCUUGGGGGGGGGUGUCCAGAUUUUAACUUUAAGCCAUGGAAUAUGAGUUUGAUUUUCUUUAAA